AUGAAUACCCCGCAGAUAUAUCCUACCAACCACUGGGAUAACCCCUCGGUGGAUGAGGCGAACGAUGGUCGACCGCGGAAGAAACGCCGUAAAUACAUCGCCAAAGCCUGCGCCGCAAAAUUAAAUGCAAUGGACAAUCACCAUGCCAGCGUUGCGGACGCCAGCACAUUGACUGCAUUUACGCUGAGAACUCUCGAGACAGUCCCGGCGAACAAGAGUAUGCCCACCCCAGUUCGGUGUGGUUGGAACACUACUGAUCUUGCAUCGAAAAGGAACUUCAAGCAGCUGUUUGACCAAAUGAGAGCCAUGCAGGACCAUAUAACCCAGUUGUCUGCUAGUAUUCGGUCAAUGGCCGGCAGCGAACAUUCUCCUGCAGGUAUUUCUGCUACCGGCACUUAUCAACUUUCUACCCAACGUUCACUCAGGCACUUAUCCUCAGCAAAAGAGGCGUCAUUCCAAGGCCCGACAACAUCUGCAUUUAGUUUUGACCUUGCAAAAUCUAGCUUGCAGCAGCGCGGAAUUGUGGAACGUGCCGAGGCUGACGAUGAGGGAGAUAUGACUCGAGAACCUUCACCGCUGGCAUCGCCAUCGGCCCCAAAUGAAGAACUUGGGACGCGCCAGACCCUAGAUCCACUUUGGAUGAUCCCUAAAGCUGAGGCACUUCGCCUUUGCCGAGUCUAUGAGGAGGAAAUGGGCAUCAUGUACCCGAUUCUGGAGCUUUCGGAGCUUUUGGACCAGGUUCACCUUCUCUACAACCCGAUGGACCGCGCGCUUGGACAGAUCCGCCAGUCUCAUGGGCACAAUGAACUGGUUCAAGAAGAUGUUCAUAUUCUGCGCGUAGUGUUUGCCUGCGCAUUGACAGCCGAAGCCAGUGGCCGAAGUGAACAGGCCAUUGCUCUUUUUGACAGUGUACGAGAAGUUCAGGACAAUUGUGUUUGGGGUGCGCCCGACAUUAAGAACAUCAUAUUUUUGACUCUUGUAUCGAUGUUCUAUUUUCAAAUGGACGAGGAAAUCUUGGCGUGGCGCACCGUUGGUAUCGUUGAGCGCAUGUGUCUCGAGAAAGGUCUUCACCGACGGGAGACUCUGAAACAACCGGCUAUCAUAGCUGAGGGGAAGGAUCGCGUUCUGCGACUUUUCUGGUCUAUAUACAUUCUGGAUAUGCGCUGGAGCUUUGGGACUGGCAUGCCGUUUGCGCUAGAGGAGACAGAUAUCGAUCCAUGGCUGCCAGAGCCUGACGAUAAAACACCUUACCUGCGCGUGAUGAUCAGAUAUAGCCGGAUUGCAGCGAAGGUGUGGAAGUUCAUAUCGGCUUUUAACAACACGAACGAAAUCAAAAAGGAAGAGAUGAACUAUUUGGAUUGGCAAGUGCUGCGUUGGGUGCAUGCCAUUCCAGACUCGUUGCGGCUCGAUCACCCGAUUUCUGUGGAGUCUGAAACUGCCAUGGAAGGCUCACGGAGCUUGCGCAGACUACGUGCCCUCCUUUAUCUUCGGGGCAAUCAGCUACGCAUGCUCAUACAUCGUCCUGUCCUUCAUACGUCAGUACAUGUGAUGCGGUACCCUGGCGAAUCAGAGACCGUGGUGGAAAUCGCAAAAGAUACAAUCCGCUUCAUUACUCGCUUGAACGAUACAUCGGACAUCUAUCAAUUACAGCAAGUGGCAUUUAAUUGGUUCCUCGUCUCGGCUCUUGCUGCCCUAUUCCUGGCAGUAGCCCAAGCCCCAACACAAUUCAGUGGGUCAUGUAAGGAGGAAUUUUACUGGGCUUUGGAGCUGGUCAAAGGUGUCUCAGCCCAGUCUUAUAUCUCUCGCCGACUAUGGAAGUCUAUUCGAAGCCUCCGUAAGCUUGGUCCUCAAUUGGGGUUAGGGGUCCAGAAAAGGCCCAUCGAACCUGGGGUUGACCAUUUAGAUGCCCAUGGCUCUCCUGCGUUGCCCCAGUCCGCCAGUACGGAGAGUCAUACACCGCAGGAUGGGGUGCAAAUGACACAGGAGUUGAUGGAGUGGUUUGAAGCAGUAGGAAAUCUGGAGGAUCAAAUCAUGGGGAUGGGAACAGGCCCUGUACCAGAUGGAGGACCUUACCAGCAGAUGCCCGAUGGGGGCUUCGUAUUUGACUACGGCGAAGAAUUGUCAAGUGUGAUGAAAGAUUUCUUUUGA